GGCGUGCUUUAAACAGUUUGAAGAGUAAUCUGAAAGAGGAAGAAGAAUCUGUACACAUUGGCUAGCAUGUGCCCUACCCUCUCUGCUCUUAAAAACAGCAGCAGCCCAUCUUUUCAAAGAAGCUUGCCAAAAGAGCAGGAGCCCUGUGAAUGAAGUGCGCUUUCAGGACCCUCCAGAUUAUUUAGAUUCACUCUGCAGAUCACCAAUGACUGCUUAGCUGUCCAAGAAACCGGUAAACUGGAUGUACUGAAGACCUGAAGUUUGCUUCUGAAAGUGAAUGCAAAAGGACCCUAAAGUGUCAACCUUGAACUUAGCAGAUAAGAAAACUGAGUAUCAGCAAGGAUAAGUAACGCUUAAGUUCACACUGCUAUUUAGGCUUCACUUGAUAUUACAUCAUAAGAGGCACUGAUCACAAACCAGGAAUAUUUGUGAAGAGUACUGCAGUGCUACAAAGAGGCAUCAAGCAGACAUUCCUAGAGAAACAUGGAUGGAGUUGGAAAUAUGACAGUAUCUUCUGCCAGUAAUAUUGCAUGCAAUGACACAAUUGAUGACUUCCGCAAUCAAGUGUAUUCCACCUUGUACUCUAUGAUCUCCGUUGUGGGCUUCUUUGGCAAUGGCUUUGUGCUCUAUGUCCUCAUUAAAACAUAUCAUGAGAAGUCAGCCUUCCAAAUAUACAUGAUUAAUUUAGCUGUAGCAGAUCUACUGUGUGUGUGUACACUGCCUCUCCGCGUGGUCUAUUAUGUUCACAAAGGCAUUUGGCUCUUUGGUGACUUUUUAUGCCGCCUCAGCACCUAUGCCUUGUAUGUUAACCUUUAUUGUAGCAUCUUCUUUAUGACAGCCAUGAGCUUUUUCCGGUGCAUUGCAAUUGUUUUCCCAGUCCAGAACGUUAACUUGGUUACACAGAAAAAAGCCAGAUUUGUGUGUGUUGGCAUUUGGAUUUUUGUGAUUUUGACCAGUUCUCCAUUUUUAAUGUCCACACCUUACAAAGAUGAGAAAAACAAUACCAAGUGCUUUGAGCCUCCACAGGAUAAUCAAGCUAAAAAUCAUGUUUUGGUCUUGCAUUAUGUGUCAUUGUUUGUUGGAUUUAUCAUUCCUUUUAUUAUUAUAAUUGUCUGUUAUACAAUGAUCAUUUUGACCUUACUUAAAAAUUCAAUGAAGAAAAAUCUAUCAAGUCGUAAAAAAGCUAUAGGAAUGAUUAUAGUUGUGACAGCUGCCUUUUUGAUCAGCUUCAUGCCAUAUCAUAUUCAGCGUACCAUCCACCUUCACUUUUUACACAAUGAAACUAAACCUUGUGAUUCUGUCCUUAGAAUGCAAAAGUCAGUAGUCAUAACCUUGUCUCUGGCUGCAUCAAAUUGUUGUUUUGACCCUCUCCUAUAUUUCUUUUCAGGGGGGAACUUUAGGAGAAGGCUGUCUACAUUUAGAAAGCAUUCUUUGUCCAGCAUGACUUAUGUACCCAAGAAGAAGGCCUCGUUGCCAGAAAAAGAUGAAAUAUGUAAAGAAUAGUGUAAACCCAUCUCCAAUGCAAAUCAGUGAAAAAGAGUUUCCUGAGCAAGUAUUUUCUCAAAUAAUUUACAAUAAAAAUAACAAUUUUCAUUAAUAAUUUA